AUGGAUGUGUACGGAGGACGUCCUACGGGCUUACUGUACUCCGCUACCCCAGCCGACCAACCGCCGGUCCUCAAUUACAUCCUCUCCUUCCUCCUCGUCGGGGUCGCCUGGGGCUUCACGACCCCCUUCAUCCGCCGCGCGGCCGCCGACUUCAACGCGCGCCAGGAGGCGCGAACGGGGGUCUCGCCAGACGAGCACGACCCUACAGCUACAGCUACCCAAUCCUCAACCCUCUACAACAACAAUGCGCCCGAAAGCGGCAACGAAACCGUACCCCUGAACCCAAUCCCUUCCUCCGACGAACCCAACCACCCCUCACCCGACAACGACGACAACGACAACGACAGCGCCAGCGAAACCGACCUACCUCCACCCCAACAACCCGUCUGGAUGCGCCAGCAGUCCCAAAAAUCCUGGCUCCGGACGAAACUCGUCGCCGUGCUCGGGACGGUGGUCAACCUCUUGCGGACGCCGGCGUACUCGGUGCCGUUGGUGGUGAACCUGACGGGCAGUAUUUGGUUCUUUCUGUUGGUGGGGAAGCAUGAACUCUCCCUCACCGUGCCGUUGGCCAAUUCGAGCGCGUUCCUGUUCACGGUGCUGGGCGAGUGGUACGUGGAGCGGAAGGGGAUCGCGCGGGAGACGUGGGUGGGGAUGGCGUUGGUGUUGGCGGGGAUUGCGAUUUGCGUGGUGUCGAAGGCGUAGGGUUGGUUUGGUCUACUGGGGGUUAGCUAGCAAUCUGGAAUUAACUAUGAGCCGAGUAAAAGAGUAAGAUGUGGUACACUGUAGGGUUGUGUUGCUGGAGAUGUCCGUGGUGGUUCUGGAGUGAUCGGAACAAAAGGCAAAAAGGCAAAAAGGCAAAAAGGCAAAAAGGCAAAAAGUAAGCAUUGCAUCAUCC